AUGUCCUGGACGCCCAGCAACGACCCGCCUCUCGUUGACGAUGCGCAACCUAGUCUUCCUCGCGUAUUUCUCAGACGUGGUUUAGAAGGACAAGACGAAAACCUAGACGGCCUCAUAUCCUUGUACGAAGAUCUCCAACUUAGCUCUGUGGAAGCCGCUCGGGAAGAUGACUUCCUUGCUUUCGUUGAGAAUGCGUUCUAUUUUGCGGUCAUUCACAAGCUUCCAGUCGCUUCCUAUGCAGAUCCCGUCGACAGCGACGACUUUAGGAGCUGUCCAACAUUUGAAGAAUACAAGAAGAAGAAGAAAGCCAAAAGGGAUAGAAAUCGCAAAAAGGCACAUAAUCUGUCGGUCAGCCGCGAGGAUAGUACCAAGCCCACCCCGGGUCUGCGCCAACAGUCAUCCUCCAUUUUCGACAAUGAGGAUCAUUCUGAUAUUCAUCACGCGGCCUCCGACGAUUACAUUGUAACGACAUCUUCUGAUUACGACGACGAGUUCUGGAGUGCUCCCUUUACUGGAGCUGAUGUCACUCCUCAAAAUUCAAAUGUUCCCGUCAGCUACGACAAGGACGGCGUGCGAUCAGCAUCCACUGAUAUAUUCGCUAUUGAAGGACACUGCAACAGUCCGCCUCCUCGAGCAGCCGACGGUUUUCAAGGAGUUCUCGCGGGCUGCGGGACGCCAGCCAAAGAACCAGAGACAAAUCCUGACAAUUUCCCCUCUCUCUACCAAUUGUCCAAUGCUCCUCAUUACCCUCCAAAAAGUUCCACCAGCUCUGGGACGAGGUUGAAUAACCUUCCUUCCCUCGAGGAAUAUCUGAACGCUCGGUACGGCCCUCCACGAGAUUCAACUGGAACUGGAACUAGGCUGGGGUUCAAUGUGGCAUUAGGUCGCAAUCCAAUUGACUGUCCAGAACCACCCUUCUCUGCCGUAGAUUGUACCCCAUACGUUCCCGUUCCCCCAGUUGCCAAGGUUAAGCCUUACAUCGGCUUCGUUUACCUAACUAGGUCCCAGUCGGAAGCCGGACUGCUAGAUGCAUUAGGUAUGGCCGGGGAGCUCAACAUCGGUAUUAUCCUUCGAAAAGCCGAUCGAGGAAAGGGGUACGCGAGGGCUACGGUGAUACAGGUCUUGAAGGAUGUGUUUGAAAAACGAAGUGAUUGUCAUCGGAUUCAGGCGUUGGUUCAACAGAGUGAGGAGAAGCAGAGGGUGACUAAUUUGUAUACUCAGCUACAAUUCGGGCACGAAGGUACUCGCCGAAGGUCAAUCUUCAGUUUCGGAGAAUGGAAAGAUAUUACCUGUCUUGCCAUUCUCAAUACCGACUGGGCUAUGAGAGGUUACUUCAGUCCUGCACCUAGAACGCUCUGGGAUGAGAUGUUCCUAAGGCACGAAAGGGAACGGGAUGACUUACUUCGGUGGGAGGAACGGAGGCUGAUAGGGAGGGGUUUGUUGCAGAGGAGUGCGAGUAUGGAGACUGUGAAGGAUUAUCCAAAGGACCGGGAGGUUUCUUCUUCUUCGUUAUCCUCGUCCGCUUCCGGGCAUGAGGAUCAGGAACCCAAGAGGACACCGACUCCAGGCAGUCAAUCCGAGUCUGAAGCUGAGGGUGAUAUGCUUUAUAUGAAGAUUAAAGGGAAGAACCGAGCUAUGGAUGAAUCUGUUGCUUCGCCGUUGGGUCUGUACCCUCAUUCCACCGACGCGAAAGGAUCGUUCCCCAGUAGUAUUUCAACGGGCCGUAAUGAGUAUAGACCUCUCUUUGAUGAUAUGGAGGAAGGCCACUCUGCCCGUGGAUUUGAUAUUGGAAGGACGAGCCGGUCAUCUUCUGUUUCUUCGGGUUCAAGUUCGGGACAUUCGUUUAGUAGUGCUAGCGUGGUAUCUCGGCCUCCCUCGAGUUCGGUUUCGAGGAGUUCAGGGUCGGAGUGGGAGAUGAUGCCCAACGAGAAAUCAGCUGAUACUCAGUGA